AAAAAAUCUAGUUUCCUCUUUCGCUCGACGGUUCUACGACCCUUUGAUCCACACAACCAACUUCAUCUCCCACCUCUCGAUUUCAGGUACAUUUGAUUUAUCUAAAGAAAUGGAGUUAAAGAGCAUCAAAGACGCGUUUGAUCGCGUCGCGAACAAGCACAAACUCUCAUACACCAAAACGCACGAGAUUGUUCAGAUGCUUACUCAAGAACUCGAAAAGGCGUUAAGCUUAAUGAAUGAUACGCAGUUUGAUCAUAAGUCUAUCCUCCUCGACGUCAAGAAACUCUUCACUGAGAAGUCUCCAGGGACUCAACUUGAAUCCGCUGAUAAAGAACUCAACGUGGCUCUCACUAAGUACCCUAAAGUUUUGGAGAAGCAACUCAACUCGGAGAUAUCAAAGGCUUAUAGAAACAAUGUUGAGUUUGAUACUCAUGUUGUGAACCAGAUCAUUGCUAACUUCUUCUACCGUCAAGGGAUGUUUGAGAUUGGUGAUUGCUUCGUUGCUGAGACUGGUGAGUCUGAGUGUACUACAAGACAGUCUUUCGUGGAGAUGUUUAAGAUACUGGAGGCUGUGAGGAGGAGAGAUCUUGGACCGGCUCUUAACUGGGCUGGAGCAAACUCAGAGAAGCUGAAGCAAGCGAGGUCUGAUCUCGAGAUGAAGCUUCAUAGCUUACAGUUCCUGGAGAUAUCUCAAGGGAAAAACUCGCAAGAAGCUCUCAACUACGCGAGGAAACAUUUCGCUGUGUAUGCAGAUAGCUGUCUCUCUGAGAUCCAGAGGCUUGUUUGUUCUCUCUUAUGGGACAAGAACUUGGAGCAGUCACCGUACUCGGAGUUUCUUUCUCCCGUUCUGUGGGACAAUGCAGUGAGAGAGCUGACGAGGCAAUACUGCAACCUACUCGGUGAAUCAUCUGAAAGCGCUUUGAGUAUAACGAUCACGGCAGGGACACAAGCUUUGCCUGUGCUGUUGAAAUACAUGAACGUGAUUGCGAACAAGAAGGUGGAUUGGCAGACUAUAGAGCAGCUUCCUGUAGCUGUGGAGCUUCCCGAGGAGUUUCAGUUUCAUUCGGUGUUUGUCUGCCCUGUCUCCAAGGAACAGUCGAGUGAGGAUAAUCCACCGAUGAUGAUGUCUUGUGGCCACGUGCUUUGCAAGCAGACGAUCACCAGAAUGUCGAAGAAUGGUGCGAAGACUACUUUCAAGUGUCCUUAUUGCCCCACCGAUGUAGACAGCUCAAGGUGUAAGCAGUUACACUUCUGAAAGUGUAUGACCGAUUUGGAACUGAAAGUUCUGACCGGUAGAUUCAGUGUCCUACUGUGUUUUGUUUUCGUUGAAGGUUUUCUCAUGUACAAAAAAAAAUCAUCAGGGAAGUUUUAGAUAAUUCGGGACAUCCCAUAAGACGUGUUUGUGUUACUCUGCUUGUUUGUUCAACGUUUUAAAUAUAGAAAUUCUUUACAUUUCCAAAA